CGGGAUGUCCUAGGCGGAGGUGCCUCAGACGCGCGCUCGGCUCCACCAGGCGCGUUUGUGUGAGUCCGGGGCCUGGGGAGUUUCGCGGCGUUCCGAGAUGACGGAGAAGGCAGACGAGCCUGUGAAGUACUACACCCUGGAAGAGAUAGAGAAGCACAAAACCAGCAAGAGCACCUGGGUGAUUCUGCAUCACAAGGUGUACGACCUGACCAAGUUUCUGGAAGAGCAUCCUGGUGGGGAAGAAGUCCUCAGAGAACAGGCCGGCGGUGAUGCUACAGAGAACUUCGAAGAUGUCGGCCAUUCUACCGAUGCUCGAGAACUGUCCAAGACGUUCAUCAUUGGAGAGCUGCAUCCAGACGACAGAUCAAAAUUACCCAAGCCCUCGGACACUCUCAUUACUACUGUCGAGUCUAAUUCCAGUUGGUGGUCCAACUGGGUGAUCCCAGCCAUCUCUGCCCUGGUGGUAGGUCUGAUGUAUCGCUUCUACGUGGCAGAAGACUGACCGUCCCUAGAUGCUGACGAAGAAGAGAGCACCUUGGCUGAGGGAGAAAAGAAGCCAGUGUUAAUCACUUCCCCUGACAGGAACCUUCACCCGGAAAAAUAACUUCAACGUGUCUGUUUCUCUCACCUCCCACAUUCGAAAUGGAACAAAAAGAACUGUCUACUACUCAGUCUUUCAGACGUGCCUUUUUAUUCAUCAACUUGAUUUUGAUGUUUCUUCACUACAUAAUUUACUUAUUGUAAGCAUAAUCUUUAAAAAAUAUAUCUGGCUUUUCAAACAUAC